AUCAAAAUAGCUAUCGAUCUGCCGAGUGCAGUGGCGGCUAGGCCAGCCAAUCAGAACCAGAAAUACGACCAAUCCUAUCCACUGCCUGACGUAAGAUAGAGGCUGCCCUACUCAGUAAUCUGCUGCAGUGGAUCGGAAUGUCCCAUAGGAGGGAAUCGGGUGCGGUUCCACCAUGGGUGAUCCCUGAAUCCAUGGGACGGCGACCAAAUUCCGUAUCGGAUGUGCACAGCGGCGCUAAAAACAGCCCUAAUCGGGACUUGUCUUUGUUGCAUAAAGAUACAAGCCCGGGCACCACAGAUGGAAAACUUGUUAAUAUAACCCCUGGACUAACGUGUGAAACGGAUGACUUCAACUCACAGAAUCGGUAUUUGCACAUUGUUGGAGGAGAAAUUGUCAAUUGUGAUUGCAUACAACAAGCCAACUUGCUUAUUGAAAAUGGCAAGGUGAUCGCUGUUGGGAAGCGAAUGGACGUGCCAAAGAGCACGCCAACUAUCGAUGCCACAGGGUUCUUGAUCAUGCCAGGAGGAGUGGACAUAUCCACCUACAUUCUAAACGAUGCGUUUGGCUUCGAACCGAAUGAUUACUCAAACACAACCAGAGAGGCUGUCCUUGGAGGAACAACCACAAUCAUCGACACAGUCAUCUGCCCCCAAGGCCAUAUGCCGGUUGACGUCCUUUGUAGACAAAAAAUACGAGCAAACAAGCACAAAAUCUGGUGCAAUGUGGCAUACCGUAUGGGGCUGAUGGAGAUCAAUGACGCCAUUCUGGAGCAAUUCGAAGCACUAGUGAAAAAUCACGGUGUGAAUUCUUUCUUGUUUUUUGCAUCAUCUGGCGGGUCGACUGGACAAAUUACUCCCGCGAAGCUGAGAAUGGCCCUGCAGAAAUGUCGUCAGCUGGGCGCCUUGGCGACCAUCCGCAACGCUACCACCUCGUCUUCAGGGAAAGCUGCAGCAGAGCCACCAACCAACACUGAAGACACGGAACUGGGGACUGUCGAGACGGCAUUGCAGUCGGCACAGGCAACUAACUGCCCCAUACUUGUGGCCUCCAUUUCGAGACCGUUGGCAAUGGACCACAUAGUUCAAGCGCGUCGCCAAAUCCCUCCCGUGCACGUUUUCGUCAGCUGCACUCCGAGCACUUUACUGCCAUCUUCUACCGGUGACGGGGAUUGUCCAAGGAAACUCAUUGCUCACCUGGCAGCUGGGGACAUCACCUGUGUGUCGAGUGACCAGGCGGGGACAAAUACCGCGGCCGGUUCAGCGCGUCUCGGAGUCGUCGGUCAACGACUGGUGGCCGUCUGGGAAGCUGGCGUGCCAUCCGGAUGGUUGGACGCAACAAGCUUCGUCAGCGUGAUCUCAACCAAUGCGGCUCGAUACACUGGCCUGUAUCCACGAAAGGGUCGCAUAGGUCCAGGUUCCGACGCGGACUUAGUGAUGUGGCCGGUGAACAGCGUCUCGCAGAUGGGCACAGGUAGGCCCACCAUGGUUCUGCUUCAAGGAGAGGUUGUGGCGCGCGAGGGCAAGCCGAUUGAUAAAAUGAACGACGUUGGACCCUUCGUUACAGUGGAUGGUAUUCCCUCAGAGGUGGUCGAUCCUGAGCCAAAGGGAACAGUUCUAAAUUGCGAACCGUUCCCAAGUUCCGUCUACGGUCCCGUAAUGGCUACUGAUCGACUACGGAGGCGCCUUCAGCCGGCGAUGGAGAAGGGCCCGUGGUCAAUGGGUUCCCUGACAAAGGAGCUUGGUACACGAGCACCGACCAGCGCUAAAAGUGGAGGAGCAUUGGACCAUUCCGGUCUCAGUACGGAACAAAUUCAUGCGCCAAGAUCGCCGGAGUUACAAGAAACGCUGGGCGUGCGGAUGAUCCAUGGGCAUCGUGACCUACACGCCUCAGGCUUUUCACUUAGUGGUGCGCAAGUGGACGACCACCAACCGCAGCGCUCGGGAAUCCGGACAAUGCAACCACCCGGUGGUCAGCCUCGAAACCCCCUCUGGUAAAACGCUUCCACAUUGAUCACAUUGCUUUGUUUACUUGUUCGUACAUGUGUUGUUCGACACAAGCGCACACCUAUUAUGUAUUCGUGCACAUAUAUCAUUAGGUGGAAAAUAUAUCUAUUUCAAUACAAAGUUGAAC